UUUGCCGAGAGCCACGCGAGUCGGUGGUGUCGCUGUGGAGAAAGCCGGAAAAAGUCUAGAGAAAUGAGUCGAGCCUGGUUGUGUCUGCUGAUCUGCCUGGCUUUAAGCUGCGGCCUCCAUCAGGCUGCAGCCCAGGAUCAGGCCGCAACUCAGCCGGCAGCAAAUCCGCUGCUGAAACAAUCCCAGAACACCUUCAUCCAGUGGGUUCUGUCGCUUCUGCCACAACGUCCCGGAAGCUCUGACUCGGAGAAUGCCACUCUGGCCACCUUGAGCAGUAGUUCCACGAUGCCGGAGGCCUCCUCCACCACCUCAACCACCACGCCGGCUCCGUCGUCGAGCACCACCACCACGAGGAGGGCCACCACCCCGGCACCACCCACUCUGAAUCCGCCGAGGAAUUGCAGUGACUGCCUCUGCGGAAUAGCCAAUAUACAGAAGAGAAUCGUGGGCGGUCAGGAAACGGAGGUCCAUCAGUAUCCCUGGGUGGCCAUGUUGCUGUACGGCGGAAGGUUCUACUGCGCCGCCUCCUUGCUGAACGAUCAGUUCCUUUUAACUGCCUCGCAUUGCGUCUACGGAUUCCGGAAGGAAAGAAUUUCGGUGAGACUGCUCGAACACGACCGCAAGAUGUCGCACAUGCAAAAGAUCGACCGCAAGGUGGCCGAGGUGAUCACGCAUCCCAAGUACAAUGCCCGGAACUACGACAACGAUAUUGCCAUCAUCAAGUUGGACGAGCCGGUGGAGUUCAACGAGAUACUGCAUCCCGUCUGUAUGCCAACGCCGGGCAGGAGUUUCAAGGGCGAACAUGGGAUAGUCACUGGUUGGGGAGCACUCAAAGUUGGCGGACCCACAUCCGAUACACUUCAGGAGGUUCAAGUGCCGAUUUUAUCGCAAGAUGAGUGCAGGAAGAGUCGCUAUGGGAACAAGAUCACGGAUAAUAUGUUAUGUGGCGGUUACGACGAGGGCGGCAAGGACUCUUGUCAGGGCGACAGCGGAGGUCCUUUGCACAUUGUGGCAAGUGGAACGCGAGAGCAUCAAAUCGCCGGCGUGGUUUCGUGGGGCGAGGGUUGUGCUAAGGCCGGUUAUCCUGGUGUCUAUGCCAGAGUCAAUCGCUAUGGAACCUGGAUCAAGAACCUCACCAAACAGGCUUGUCUUUGCCAGCAGGAGACCAAAAAGAUCAAGUAGCGACACUCCAGCUAUUUCUGUAUCUUUUAAUAGUUGAAUACUCUUGCUGGGUAGGUAACAAAUCACAGAGAAUAAGUGCGAAUUUUAUGGGAACUUUAGCAACGUCUUAAUUUUCUUUAGAUCCUGAUUUCAUAUCUCUCAUUCAAUGUGAUAUUUCUUAAAGUCUCGGUGUAAGUUGAAACCAUUAAAACAACUAUUUUGGCUUGGGCUAAAAAAUAAUACAUUUAGUUACAUUUAUUACAAAAAGUUCCUUUAAGAUUUGCUCUUAUAUGUUCUCAAUUAUAUAUCUUCUAAAUUCCAAAGUGCAAUAGCAUAGAUUGAAAGAUAAGUUUUCAUUACAAAAAAGCUUAUUAUUUCCCGAAUUAUAUAUGCAUUAUCCCAAGAAUCAAACUGUUUUCGCUGAAAAUAACUUUGCACAUUCUAGGGGUAUAUGUCUCAGACCUCUUAAGUAAUACAGUAAAGUGUUUCUGAGCCUUUUGCAAGAGUAUGCCAACUUCGGCCUAGCCGAAGAUCCUAUUCUCAAGCUGUUUUAUAUUUAUUGAUUAAAAGAAAAGUUUCCACAAA